AAAGAAAUAAAGAGCGAGGCAAAAAUAAAUGGUUUAAAAGUCCCACAUUUAUUUCCUAAAUCAAAAUGCCUACGCUUGAUGGAAAAGAAAUCGAUAUUUUUUUCUCUGAAGAAGAUUUACCUUAUGAAGAAGAGAUAUUAAGGAAUCCAUUCUCAGUAAAACAUUGGCUCAGAUACAUAGAACAUAAAAAAGGAGCACCUAAACAUGAAAUUAAUAUGAUCUAUGAGAGAGCUCUUAAAGAAUUACCAGGCUCCUUUAAACUAUGGUAUAAUUAUCUUAAAAUACGAAGAUCCCAAAUUAGGGGUCGCUGUAUAACAGAUCCUGCCUAUGAUGAUGUAAAUAAUUGUUUUGAAAGGUCACUCGUUUUCAUGCACAAGAUGCCCAGAAUAUGGAUGGAUUACUGCACUUUUCUAACAGAUCAAUGUAAAAUAACUAUAACUAGAAAAGCAUUUGAUAGCGCUUUAAGAGCUUUGCCUAUUACACAGCAUCAUAGAAUUUGGCCACUUUAUCUGAAUUUUUUGAAAAAACACAAUAUCCCAGAAACAGCAGUGAGAGUAUUCAGAAGGUACCUCAAGCUAUGUCCUGAAGACACAGAAGAAUAUAUUGAUUAUUUAAUUGCAAUAGAAAAGUUAGAUGAAGCUGCAGUGAAAUUGGCUCAACUUGUCAACAAUGAAAAUUUUCAGUCCAAGCAUGGAAAAUCAAAUCAUCAACUUUGGAAUGAACUAUGUGAAUUAAUAUCUAAAAAUCCAGACAAAAUUCACACCCUAAAUGUUGAUGCCAUAAUAAGAGGUGGACUCAGACGAUAUACUGACCAAUUAGGACACCUGUGGAACUCUUUAGCAGACUACUAUGUAAGGAGUGGUCUAUUUGAAAGAGCAAGAGAUAUUUAUGAAGAAGCUAUACAAACUGUCACCACUGUUAGAGAUUUUACUCAGGUUUUUGAUGCAUAUGCACAAUUUGAGGAACUUAGCUUAAGUAAAAAAAUGGAAGAAGUUGCAAAAAAGGUUAGUCCUACUGAAGAUGAUGACAUUGAUUUAGAACUUAGACUAGCAAGGUUUGAAUAUUUAAUGGAAAGAAGAUUGUUACUUCUCAAUUCUGUUCUUUUAAGACAAAAUCCACAUAAUGUAGCUGAAUGGCACAAAAGAGUAAAACUUUAUGAAGGAAAACCUCAUGAAAUUAUAGAUACAUACACGGAAGCAGUGCAAACUGUGGAUCCAAAAUUAGCUGUAGGAAAGCUUUACACCCUUUGGGUUGGGUUUGCCAAAUUUUAUGAAAGCAAUGAUCAAAUUGAUGAUGCAAGAUUGAUUUUCGAAAAAGCAACACAAGUUAAUUAUGCAAAAGUUGAUGAUCUAGCUUCAGUGUGGUGCGAGUGGGCAGAAAUGGAAAUAAAACAUGAAAACUAUGAAGAAGCCUUAAAGUUAAUGCAAAAAGCUACAGUAUUGCCAAGCAGAAAAGUAGCUUAUCAUGAUGAUAAUGAGACAGUGCAAAUGCGUUUAUACAAGUCUCUGAAGGUAUGGUCCAUGUAUGCUGAUUUAGAAGAAAGUUUUGGAACAUAUAAAUCCUGCAAAGCUGUUUAUGACCACAUAAUAGAUUUAAAAAUAGCCACACCACAAAUUAUUAUUAAUUAUGGUCUAUUUUUAGAAGAACACAACUAUUUUGAAGAAGCUUUCAGAGCAUAUGAAAAAGGAAUAGCACUUUUCAAAUGGCCAAAUGUAUAUGAUAUUUGGAACACAUAUUUGACCAAGUUUUUAAAGAGAUAUGGAGGUUCAAAACUGGAAAGGGCUAGAGAUUUAUUUGAACAGUGCCUAGAACACUGCCCACCAGAAUUUGCAAAGUCAAUAUUUCUUUUAUAUGCCAAACUAGAAGAGGAACAUGGUUUAGCUAGACACGCCAUGUCUGUUUAUGAACGAGCAACAACAGCAGUCUUACCAGAACAAAUGUUUGAGAUGUUUAAUAUUUACAUAAAGAAAGCAGCUGAGAUAUAUGGGGUGCCAAAAACACGACAAAUAUAUGAGAAAGCAAUUGAAACCCUUCAAGAUGGUAAGGCUAGAGAAAUGUGUAUAAGAUUUGCAGAAAUGGAAACUCGCCUUGGUGAAAUUGACAGGGCUCGAGCGAUAUAUGCACAUUGCAGCCAAAUGUGUGACCCCCGAAUCACUGCAGAAUUUUGGAACACAUGGAAAGAAUUCGAAGUUAGACAUGGAAAUGAGGACACAAUGCGUGAAAUGCUUAGAAUUAAGAGGAGUGUACAAGCUACAUAUAACACUCAAGUGAACAUGAUGUCAGCCCAGAUGUUGAGUUCAGCAGCACAAGCAGCUGGCACUGUGUCUGAUCUCGCUCCUGGAAUGAAAGAUGGCAUGAGAAUGCUCGAGGCCAAAGCUGCAGAAAUGGCUGUACAAAGCAAAGGUAACAUAUUAUUUGUUAGGGGUGAAACUCAAGGUCUUAAAGAAUCUGAUAAGGUGGUAAAUCCUGACGAAAUUGAUAUUGAUGAUGAACAAUCCGAACACAGUGGUGAUGAUGAUGAAGAGGAAGAAGUUGCACCUGUACAGAAAAAAGAAAUCCCUGCUGCUGUUUUUGGAGGAUUGCUACCUGAAAAGGAAUAAUUUAAGAAUUUCUUUAAUAAAUUAAAAUAAAUAUUAUACUGUGUAAUAAUUAUUA